AUGAGUAACGAUGACGGAGAAACUUUUGCCACGGAGCAAACGACUCAACAAGUUUUUCAGAAGUUAGGUAGUAACAUGGAGAACCGAGUUUGUUUUGAUUGUGGAAACAAAAACCCCACUUGGACUUCAGUACCAUUUGGUGUGAUGUUGUGUAUCCAAUGUUCUGCUGUGCAUAGAAAUAUGGGUGUUCACAUCACUUUUGUAAAAUCUUCUACAUUAGAUAAGUGGACAAUCAAUAAUCUAAGAAGAUUUAAGUUGGGAGGGAACCAUAAUGCUCGUGAUUUUUUCUUAAAGAACAAUGGGAAACAGCUAUUGAAUACUGCAAAUGUUGAUGCCAAAGCCAAAUACAUGAGUCCCGUGGCCAAGAAAUAUAAGAUAUACCUUGACAAGAGGGUUAAAAAAGAUAUGGAGUUAUAUCCAUCAGAAUUGGUCUUGAACAGUCAAGAUUCCGCAGACUCACCAUUGGAUACAGAUUCUGAUACUUCCAGGUCCAAUUCCAAAGAAAAUAGUGUCGAUGAUUUCUUUUCCAAUUGGCAAAAACCAAACUCGAAUUCCAAUUCUAGCUCCAAGAUCAAUGUAAGUACAGGUUCUCAGGCUUCCAACAUCAACACCUCAACCAACAUUCCUAAGACCACGGCGACUAAGGCAAGAAGCUCCAUCUUAACGGCAAGCAGAAAGAAACCGGUAUUAAACUCUCAAGAUAAAAAGAAACAUUCAAUUCUAUCAUCGUCAAGAAAGCCCACUAGAUUAACAGCUAAGAAAGUUGAUAAGUCACAAGCAGAAGACUUAUUUGACCAAUUUGAAAAAGAUGCUCAACAAGAAAAGGAGGACGAGUUCGCUAAUACAUCUACCAGCACCAAAGUGAGACAAAACGAUUACGACUCCCAAUUUAUGAACAACAGCAAAGGCAGCAAUAAUAACAGUAUAGAUGAUAUUAAUACACAACCCGAUGAAUUCAGUGAUUUUUUGAAUGACACUUCCAGCAACUUCGAUACAAAUAGAAAUGUGCAAAAUGAUACUUUAACACCAAAAUUUGCCAAAUUGGGAUUCGGUAUGACCAUGAAUGAUGCCAAUGAUAUAGCUAAAAAACAAAAGGAAUCUCAAAAAAUAGCCCAGGGACCGAAAUAUACGGGAAGAAUUGCAGAAAGAUACGGUACUCAAAAGGCUAUAUCAUCCGAUCAGCUUUUCGGUCGCGGUUCGUUUGAUGAAGCGGCAAAUAGGGAGGCACAUGACAAGUUAAAAACUUUCGACAAUGCUACAUCAAUUUCCUCCUCAUCAUAUUUUGGAGAAGAUAAAGAAGUAGACGAAUUUGGUAACCCUAUCAAUGGUAGUGAAAACGGGAUGGGGAACUUCGAUGGUCGCAACUCAAACAGUGGUUUCAUUGAUUUUAAUGCUACUGCGGAUGAUGAACUACAAAUGUUGCGAGACGUUGUGGAGCAAGGUGCUGAAAAACUUGGUAGUUAUUUAAGAGAUUACUUAAGAAAAUGA